AUGUUCGACGCUCAUUCUAAAUUGGGCACUGCCCAAAUUAUUUUCUACAUACCGGUUACGGUUCUGGCCAUUUAUCUCGCGUUUUAUCGACACAACCGACCGCGCAUGGCAUGGCUUAUCUUGAUAUCUUUCUCUAUUAUUCGCAUCACCGGUGGUAUUCUGGUCAUUCUUUGGGGACAGAUCCCGAAGACCGGACUAAUGGUCGCUGCCAUCAUCUUUCUCAAUACUGGCGUGUUUCCUUUGAUUGCAGCAACUCUGGGUCUCAUCCGACUCAUUAUGGCCCGUGAGAAUAUGAAAUCACGAAUCAAACGCUAUUUGGUCCUAUCCCGGAUGCUCUUCUUCAUUGCUCUCGGUCUCACAAUUGCCGGCGGAGUCCUAGAAGGAAGCGACACCCUGAGUGAUGUAGAGAUUGGAAUCAAACUCGUCAAGGCUGGCUACAGCCUUGUCGUACUUUUCGUGGCUUGUCUAUUGACCAUCCAAGUCUCGCUGUGGACUCGCUACUUGUGGCUUUCCAACCCAAGUCAAACAAUUCUCAAGGCCUCCACCCUCGCGACCCCUUUCAUAACUGUCCGUAUUUGCUACCUCUUCCUCUCGGUUUUCUAUCCAUUGGAUCCACGCUGGGCCAAUCUGACCGGUCAAAUCGUGCCAUUCCUCUUUAUGGGUCUCAUCAUGGAAUACUGCGUUGUGGUGCUUUUCCUUGCCACGGGUUUUGUCAUCCCUCGUAUGAGAAACGGAAAUGAUAAGAGGGGCUUGCUUGUUUCGGAUACACCAGACCGCCAAGGGAGGGAUUCCAGUUGCGGCGCGGAGCUUCAAUAG